CGGUGCCGGUGCCGGCUGCGGCAGAGCCGGGCGGGCGGCGGCGGCGCGGCCAUGGCGGCGCCGCGGAGCGAUGGCGAGCGGCGGAAGCAGAUCAGCGUGCGGGGCCUGGCGGGGCUGGGCGACGUGGCCGAGGUGCGCAAGAGCUUCAACCGGCACCUCCACUUCACGCUGGUCAAGGACCGCAACGUGGCCACCCCCCGCGACUACUACUUCGCGCUGGCACACGCGGUGCGCGACCACCUCGUGGGGCGCUGGAUCCGCACGCAGCAGCACUACUACGAGAAGGACCCCAAGCGUAUUUAUUACCUGUCCCUGGAGUUCUACAUGGGACGCACCCUGCAGAACACGAUGGUGAACCUGGGCUUGCAGAACGCUUGUGACGAAGCCAUUUACCAGCUGGGUUUGGACUUGGAGGAACUGGAGGAAAUUGAAGAAGAUGCUGGGCUGGGAAACGGAGGCCUGGGCCGCUUGGCAGCUUGCUUCCUGGACUCCAUGGCCACGUUGGGGCUGGCAGCGUAUGGUUACGGCAUCCGCUAUGAAUUUGGUAUCUUCAAUCAGAAGAUUGUCGAUGGCUGGCAGGUGGAGGAGGCUGAUGACUGGUUGCGCUAUGGCAAUCCCUGGGAGAAAGCUCGCCCGGAGUAUAUGCUUCCUGUGCACUUCUACGGCCGAGUGGAUCACACACCUGAGGGUGUGAAGUGGAUUGAUACUCAGGUUGUCCUUGCUAUGCCUUACGAUACACCGGUGCCAGGAUAUAAGAACAACACUGUGAACACCAUGAGGCUGUGGUCUGCGAAGGCGCCUAAUGACUUUAACCUCCAGGAAUUCAAUGUGGGUGACUACAUCCAGGCGGUGUUGGACAGAAACCUGGCAGAAAACAUCUCCAGAGUCCUGUACCCGAAUGAUAAUUUCUUCGAAGGCAAAGAGCUGCGGCUGAAACAGGAGUAUUUCGUGGUGGCUGCUACCCUCCAAGAUAUUAUCCGCCGCUUCAAGUCUUCCAAAUUUGGUUGCCGAGAUCCUGUAAGAACAUGCUUUGAAACCUUCCCGGACAAGGUAGCUAUUCAGCUAAAUGACACCCACCCAGCCCUUGCCAUCCCAGAGCUCAUGCGGAUCCUGGUGGACAUGGAGAAAGUGGAUUGGGACAAGGCCUGGGAAAUCACAAAACGGACCUGUGCAUACACCAACCACACCGUACUGCCUGAAGCCCUGGAGCGCUGGCCAGUCUCCAUGUUUGAAAAGCUGCUGCCGCGUCACCUAGAGAUCAUUUAUGCCCUCAACCAAAGACAUCUGGACCAUGUGGCAGCUCUCUAUCCAGGGGAUGUUGACCGUCUCAGGAGGAUGUCGGUGAUCGAGGAAGGGGACUGCAAGCGCAUCAAUAUGGCGCACCUCUGUGUGAUCGGCUCCCAUGCUGUGAACGGUGUGGCCCGUAUCCACUCUGACAUUGUGAAGAACUCAGUAUUCAAGGAUUUCUGUGAGCUGGGGCCAGAGAAGUUCCAAAACAAGACGAAUGGGAUCACACCGAGGCGCUGGCUCCUGCUGUGCAACCCAGGACUAGCCGAUGUUAUUGCUGAGAAAAUUGGAGAAGGCUUUAUCACGGAUCUGAGCCAACUGAAGAAGCUACUGAAUUUCAUCAAUAACGAGACUUUUAUCAGGGAUGUGGCGAAAGUUAAACAGGAGAACAAGCUGAAGUUCUCAGCCUACUUGGAGGAGCAGUACAAGGUCAAGAUCAACCCUUCCUCUAUGUUCGACAUUCAGGUGAAGCGAAUCCAUGAGUACAAGCGCCAACUGCUGAACUGCCUGCAUGCUAUCACCCUCUACAACCGCAUCAGAAGUGACCCAUCCAAAUCCUUUGUACCCAGGACUAUCAUGAUUGGAGGAAAGGCGGCCCCUGGCUACCACAUGGCCAAGAUGAUCAUCAAACUCAUCACAUCCAUUGGUGAGGUUGUCAACAGUGAUCCAUAUGUGGGGGACAGACUCAAGGUCAUCUUCCUAGAGAACUAUCGGGUAUCCUUGGCUGAGAAAGUGAUCCCAGCAGCUGAUCUCUCCCAGCAAAUCUCCACAGCUGGCACAGAGGCCUCAGGCACUGGCAACAUGAAGUUCAUGCUGAACGGGGCCCUCACCAUCGGCACCAUGGAUGGGGCCAAUGUGGAGAUGGCCGAGGAGGCAGGCGAAGAAAACCUCUUCAUCUUCGGCAUGCGGGUGGAGGAUGUGGAGGCCCUGGAUCGCCGCGGGUACAACGCACGGGAGUACUACGACCGCCUGCCAGAGCUGCGGCAGGCUAUUGACCAGAUCAGCAGUGGCUUCUUCUCCCCUCGAGACCCUGGUUGCUUCAGGGACGUUGUCAACAUGCUCAUGUACCACGACAGGUUUAAGGUUUUCGCUGACUACGAAGCCUACGUUAAAUGCCAGGGCCAAGUGGACCAGCUGUUCAUGGACUCCCGCGAGUGGACUAAGAAAGUCAUCAGGAACAUCGCGUGCUCGGGCAAGUUCUCCAGUGACCGGACCAUCACGGAGUAUGCCCGGGAGAUCUGGGGCGUGGAGCCAUCUGCCGCCCAAAUGCCCCCACCCAACGUGCCGCGGGAGUGAUGGCUCAGCAUCCCUAGCCGCGUGCAGUAGGCUGCCCCUUCCUGCUCGUCAUGCGCUGCUCGCGCUGCCCUACAGCCGACCCCGCAAGCCCCUCGCCCAGGUGGAGCCACACGUCCCGCUCCAUGGCCGGGACACGCUGGCACUUGCGUCGUCCUCGGGGAGACGGCGUUUAACGCCCCGUAGCGCAGCAGUAGACCUCCCCCCCCCCCACCCACUGUGACAGCAACUCAUUAAAAAAAAAAAAAAAAAAAAAAAAAAAAAAACACCCUACAACGGGCGUUAGUUUGCUUUCCGCUGUGCUGACUUGCCCGCCUUGCACCUGGGGUGGGGUGGAGGGGUCAGGCACAGCCAGGCCGCCGCCGCGCUGGGCUUUCUCCGCUCUCGCUCCCCGAGCACCAUGCUGACACCAGCACAGAGCAGAGCCCAGGCUGUGCUGGGCGUACAGGCUCAGCUAAGGACAUAGGGGACUCCCAUGCUUGAACCCCUACCAGUUUUCCCCCCCCCUCCCCCCCCCCCCCAAAAAAAAAAAACCCUCUGGCAAAGCAGGUGAAGCCACAAUGCUCAGCAUUGAACGCUUUUAUUAAAACUACACCACUUUUUAAGAUAAACAUUUCAGUUUAAUUUUCCAAGCAUCUCAACUGGCCAAAUAACUGGACUGGACACGUUGGGAUCACCAAUGCCAGCAGUUCCCGCGCUGGCCCCUCAGCUCCGUCCCCUGGGAGGAAGGCAGCCAGCCUCUGCCUCAGGCUGCAGCAGGCAAGUUGCACCCCAGUGCCAAAUAAGUGUUUCUGUUCCAUCAGUGCAAUAAAUAUAAGUGCAUCAAACAUAAUUUCAGUGGCACGGUUAGCUUAUAAGUAUCAUGGGUCAGAAACCCCGGGGAUAACCACGCUACAGCAGAAGAAUCUCAAGAGCUACCGUCUACUCUGCAACUAGCACAAGCCUGCAGCUACAACUCGGAUGCACGCUGAGUGGCUUCCACUACGCCGCGCACCCCGCGUUAGCGAGCAGCGCCUUUGGGCGGCACGACUCGCCUCCAAGCACGAGCAGCGAGACCUACGGCACGCAGUGCGGCCCAUGUAGAGCAACGGGGUCGGGGCCCGGUCCCCAGCUGGCCUCUGCAAGACCCUCUGCCAUCUCAGCGCAGAGCUCACCGGUGGCGUAGAAUGGCCCCCCGCUCCAGUCAAAGUGGUGUGGGGGCGGCCCCAGAGGCUCUCGCUGCAGGAAGACGGCUCUUUUUUUUCCCCCACUUCUGCCUCCUGGAGCAGGAAAACUCAACAUAAGGAAUUAAAAGGCAGAUGGGAGAGGGGGAAAUAAAAGCAAGCAAAAAAAAAAAAAAAAAAAAAAAAAAAAAAAGAAAGAAAGAAAGAAAGAAAGAAAAGACUUAGAAGAAAAAGAAAAGAAUAAAAAACAAGGCCCUUUUCCGCCCCAAGGAAGCCCAGGUCUGCACGCACACGUGCGGGGAGAGCAGAGCGGAGGACCAUCAUCCUCCCUGAGGAUGCUGUUCACGGAGAGGGGCGAUCAGGCAAAAAGCAAUCCCAUGCUCUCCGGCUUAACCUCCCGAGUUCGCAAUUUAUCAACAAAAAGUCACUUCAGUCCCAGUCGGGGAGCGUACGUGAAGAAAGGGAGGAGUUUCCAAGAGGACAAACAGGGAAUAGGAACGAUGUCCAGAAAGAAAAGAUGAAAGAGCAUUAAUAUUUUCCAUUAGAUACAUGUUGGAAAAGGAAGGGGGAGAUCUUUCAUUUUUAUUUCCAAAUGUGUGCAAUUAGCCCAACACUCGCAACACAAUGUGACUGAAGAGCUAAAUAAAAUCACCACUCACUACCCCGA